AUGUCGAGCACCGGCACCUCAGUCUCCACCACCACGUCUGUUAAACCCCGAGCGAAGGCCCCAAGUCUACUGGCAUGCAUCCCAUGCCGGAAGAGCCACUUGAAAUGCGAUGGCCAAAGGCCACUCUGCAGCAGAUGUGCCGAUCGCAAGGGGGGAUGUUUCUGGGUCGAUUCCCGUCGCGGCUAUCGUGAAUUUCGCAGGUCGCAGGGUUUCACUGAUGAAAGGCGCGAAGGCCAGCUCACAGCAGACGAAAUCCUGCCAGAGCCCCAAUCCCAAUCCCAAUCUAUCGCUACCCCUGCACAGAAUGGCACUCGGGGCUGGGAAGAGGCCGACACUAGCCGAAUGCGCGCUGCCAUCACCUAUCAGGAACUGUUCGCUGCAGAUUCAGCCUUGAUAACCGAUCCGUUCGGAUACCAGAACGCGCCCCUUGACAACUUGAUACCAACCUCCAGCCCCAGCAAUAAAAGCGAUUCCACCAUGUCCAUUACCCGCGAUCCCAAUCUGGCUCUGGUAGAUCCGGCCGAGGUCCAGUCGCACGAGCUGAUUGAACUCUUCUACAAACAUUUCUACCCGGCCCACCCUUUCAUCGUGCCGCGGAAGAUGUAUCUCGAGUCCCCUUCCUCCAUCCCACCCCCUCUGCGAGCGGUCAUCCGAUAUGUGGCCAGUCACUUCCUCCCUCACGCCAACCGCGUCGCCUUGGCCAAUGCUGCAAAGAUCAUCUUGUCGGACGACGUACCCGAUGAUGGCUACAAGGUCCAGGGCCUGCUUCUCUAUGCCUUUGUCUGUUAUGCGCGGUUCGACGGGGAUUCCGGGGCUGCCGGGUUGGAAAAAGCCGUCGAGACUGCAAUUCGAAUUGGAAUGAAUCGGGCCAGCUUCGCCAUUCAGUACGGCGAAAACAAUCCCACCCUGCAAGAAUCAUGGCGCCGUACAUGGUGGAUGCUUCUCAUCAUAGAGGGGCUGAUCGCCGUCAUCGGCGGUCAGCAACAGCCCUUCCGGACUUACUCGACACCCACAGAUGUGCCUCUGCCGGGACCCGAGGAAGACUACGACGAACUCCGGACGUCCUCGCAGCCGCGUAGCCUCGCCGAUCUGCGCAACCGCGCCUUCUCGGAAGAAACUUACGAGUUCUCCUCGUUUGACUACGCGAUUGAGGCUUCGUAUAUCCUGGGCUCGGUGUUAAACUUGGCCGCCGACACCUUCGCCGUGACAGACCCGCAAGUCGAGGCCAUCGAUGCCAGUAUUUCCAACUUCUUCCUGUCUUUGCCGCUGGAGCAGCGCGAGGUCAUCCGCCACGACGGCACGGUCGACGAAUGCCUGGUUGUUGCACAUAUCAUCAUCAAUUGGGCGGCCCUUGGUCUUCAUCGACCGCGAUCGACAUUGACCUUCAUUCGAAACCACUACCGCACCACCUGCACGAAACCCGAAGCCGCCGGCCUCCCGGCGCUGACGUAUGCCUCUCACACGGCCAAAGCUCUGCGCGCGGCCAACAAUAUCACGAACUUGGCAUCCAUCCAACGCCCGCUGAGCGACUGCACCCCGGUGCUGAUGUGCGCCUUGACCGCGGCCGCCACCGUCCAUUUGCCCGCGUAUGCCAUCGUCGAGCGCGCCGACCAGGCGAUGGCGAUUAAAGAACGUCUGCAGUUGAUCGUGUCGGCGCUGGGAUCUUUCGGCCAGUUCUGGCCCCGUGCAAUCGUCGCCCGAGGUCAGGUGGCCAAGUUUGCGCGCGAAGUCUUGACAAAGCCGAACAUCUUCGUCGACAGCUCAUCAUCGGCCAUGGUUCCGCAACUCGAGUCCGAUGCUGGUCCGCAGCUCGCGUAUCAACUACCCUUCAACAACGACGUCUGGGUGGACCAUGUUCUUCAUCCUGAACAGAAUGCCGACGGCCAGCUUGCAUGUCCAUCAUUGGGAAGUUUAUACGUGGCGCCGGCUCAGGCGCAGGGGGUGUGA